AUGGCGGCGUGCCGGCUUCCUUGUCCCGGGUUUCGGCACCAGUGUAAUACAGUUCGGAAAGAUGAUGGACAAGGAAUAUCACUUUCAGUGAAGCUCCUCCCCAACAAUCACACCUUCACUAAAGCUCCUCCCACAAUAGAAUCACCUUCAGUGAAGCUCCUCCCACUGCAGUUCAUCAAUACAUGCUGGAAUAUUCCCAUCAGUCUACAAGUGAAGAGGAGCAUCAAAGCUUCAGGAAGAAAGUGUGAAGUAAACAAGGAAAAUGAAGAAUUGAAUAAAGAGGAGAAACAUCAUGUCAAAACUGGUCAAAAACCUUUGAGUCCCUCUCAAACCAAACAGAAAGAUUUUAAGAAGAAAAGAGACAAGAAAUCUUUCAUCUGCACUCAGUGUGGAAAGAGUUGCACAAAAAAACAUAGUCUUGAGAUUCACAUGAGAAUCCACACUGGAGAGAAACCAUUCACAUGUGAUCAGUGUGAGAAGAGUUUCACACAAUCCUCAAACCUUAAGAAACACAUGAUCGUUCACACUGGAGAGAAACCAUUCACAUGUGAUCAGUGUCAUACGAGUUUCACACAAUCCUCAAACCUUAAGAAACACAUGAUUGUUCACACUGGAGAGAAACCAUUCACAUGUGAUCAGUGUGAGAAGAGUUUCACACAAUCAUCAAACCUUCAGAGACACAUGAUCAUCCACACUGAAGAGAAACUUUAUGAAUGUGAUCAGUGUUGAGAAACAUUUUUGAGGGCUUUAAACCUGAAGAGUCACCUGAAAGUUCAUUCAAA